AUGGCGCGGGAGCGUAUCCUCAGCCGCUCCAGCGCGCGCCGCGUGCCCGCGGCGGCCGCCGACGGAGGGGCGGACGGGCCGGCUCGCGGAACCCGGCUCUCCCCAGGCGCAGUUCCCCGGGCGGUGGAUCUGGAGAAGUCCCCGCCUCACGCCCUGGCCGGCCGCGCUCGUGCCGCCGCGGCUUGCCGGCAGCGGCGGCUCGAGCAGCGGCGGCGCGGCGGCGGGAUGGGGGCCUAUCCGCGCCGCGGCUGCGGCUGCUGCGCCGCCUGGGCCGCGGUGCCGCUUGCGGCGCUGCUGGGCGCACCGCUGUGGCUGCGGGAGGUCUCCGUGCUCCGGGUCGGUCGAGGCCUGGAGGAGUGCUCCUCGCUGGGCGGCACCAACCUGGUGAUCACAGGCAGCACGUCGGGCAUCGGCCUCGAGGCCGCGCGGCACGCCGUGUCCCUGGGCGCCCAGGUGGUGGUGUCUGGGCCGGACCAGGCCCGGACCAAGCGCGCGGCGAAGGAGGUGCAGGGAGAUGCGUUCCGUGGGCGGGCUGUUCCUAUCGCGAUGGACCUCGGGGACUUCGAUGACGUGCACCGAUUCGCCGCUGAAGUCAGCGCUGCUAUGCCAGUGGUGCAGAUGCUGUACCUCAAUGCCGGCAUUGCAUAUGCGAAUUUCGCUACCGAGUGGUCGAUGAGGGCAGUGCAUUCUAAGCGCGAUGCAGAUUUUGUGUCCAAGAGCGGUCACGACAGGGUGAUGGCGACUAACCAUUUAGGCCACUUUCUGUUGACUGUGCUGCUAGCGCCAGUUCUGGCACCUGGCGCCAGCAUCGUGGUCAUGGGCAGCCAUGGGAUGUGGCAUUGUGGUUUUGGCAGGUUAAUGCCUGACGAUCGGCCCAAGUGGGAGGCACGAGAGGGAGCGCAACUCGUGCAGCGCAAGAAUGCGGCGAUUGCGUACCUGGACAGCAAGCUGGCGAACCGCUGCUUCGUGGGGGCCCUCCGGCGAAAGAGCGCCGAGCUCGGCCUCGAGGGCGCCAGGGUGGUGCUGCACGACCCGGGCAUGGUGCUCAGCAGCAUGGCACGGCACCGGGGCUCGAAGGACACUGCCGCAGGGGAGACGUAUGGGCUCUCGCCGUCGUCGCCGCCCUCUCUCUCUCUCUCUCUUUAG